AUGAAUAACCAAGGAGUAACCUAUGCAGACCUGAAUGUGGCCAGGUUUUCAAAGAGACAGGAACUAAAACCUAAGGGCACAAAAAACUCCAUCUCAAUAAGUGAGCAGGAGAUAACCUACGCAGAAUUAAAUCUUCAAGAUGUUUCUCAGGAUCCACAAGGGAAUGACGAGAAAUACCACUGCAAAGCUUUACUGUCACCUCCAGAGAAGCUCAUUGCUGGGAUUCUGGGGGUCAUCUGCCUUGUCUUGUUGUCCACUGUGGUAAUAAUAGCUGUUAUUCCCUCUACUGUAAUACUGGAGAAGAACAAUUCACUUCCAAUAACAAGGAUCCAGAAAGCAUAUCAUUGUGGUCAUUGUCCAAAGGAAUGGUUUACAUAUUCCAACAAUUGCUAUUACUUUAGUACUGAAAGUAAAACAUGGACUGAGAGUCUGACGGCCUGUGCUUCUAAGAACUCUACUCUGCUUUAUAUAGAUAAUGAAGAAGAAAUG